UGUGCCAAGAUAUUUUAAAAUUCUACCAGAAUUUUCAUCUGGAAUGUCAUGGAACACCACAAAGGUUGUACAGCUGCAUGGUGAUACUGGAGAUGUCUGGACCUGUCAAUAGUUGCGCCCUAAAUGAACUUCUGCAACAAGUCAUUAACAAAAGCAGUGGCAUAACAAGUGAAAGGCCACUUACACGCAUGGUGGUUUGUGGUCCUCCUGGUUCAGCUGUCAGUACUCUUUUGUUAGCCAACCUCACCUGGGUUGACAGUGACCUGCUGACCUCCGAUGUGUGCCAACCUGACCCCACUCUGCUUAAAUGUGAGGCAAAUGAGAACCUUGCUAUACUUCUGAUUGACCCCUGCCCUCCGGAGCCUUCAACAACCAAGCAAAGCACGAUGCAACCUUCCAAUCUGACCAACAGCACUACAACUCCUAAAGCCUUAACAUCAUCUGGUACCAACACUACUGCGGCUCAAAAUACUGCAACAGUUCAAAAGACAAAUGACUCACAAGGAACAGCUCAGCCUAACAUGACUAUUCCACUCAUAACAAUUACCAUUGCUCCACUGAACAACCAGACAGGACAUCACACCGUCUCAACAACUAGCAUAGAAAACAACUUCACCACAGCUGCCACUGUCGUCGGUACCGUCAUCGAUCUCAAUCAAACUGAAGGAAUCAGCGUUAACCUGAGCUCAACUGCUAGCAGUUUAACCACUGACUUCAACCUGACAACCAAAGGACCAGAAGGCAAUUUGACAAUUACAACCUACACCACAACUACUACAACAACAACUUUGCAUGGUACACUUCCUGCCCAGACUACCACCACUACAGCAAAGGUUACCUCAUCUUCUUCAACAACAACUCUCCAAACCACCACGAUCCCCAGCGCAACCACCACAAAUCCCGGUACAGGAAGUACAUUCACAACCAUCGCAGAGACAACCACAAGCCAAACGGCCCGGGAAGAGCAAGCAAAGGAGCUGCUAAAUCAAACAGAGGAUGCGUCUCAACUGAACUCCUCUCAGGUGACACAGUUUGUAAGGGAGUUAGAGAAGCUUCUGGAGGGCCCCACAGUUUCUCAGGCAGUGGGACAGAAGGUGGUCAACAUAAUCAGCAACCUGAUGAAUGCCGACUCGCUGGCCCUCUCUGCCUCUGCCAACAGGCUGGUUCACCUGGUAGAUGUUCUGGGUCUUAAGCUGGUUGUCACUGGUGACAGAGAGAUCCUAUCUUCAGGUUCGCUGGUUCUGGCAGUGAGAACAGUCGAUGGCACCAACUUUCCAAUAACUUCUGUUGACAUUUUCAACACAGAUAAUGUCCAGCUCCGUGCCCUUAGUCGAUCCCAGUCCAAAAGGUCAGGGUCUGCUCUGGGGUCUGUAUUCUUGCCCUCCUCCCUCACCACUGGGCUAAGUCCUGAGCAGCAGAAGCAGGCCAACAGGGUCCAGUUCACCUUCUACACCAAAUCUGCUUUCUUCCAGGACGCAUCAUUAGAUAACAAAACCCUUGUCAGUCCCGUCCUGGCCGCCAGUGUGACCAAUCUGUCAAUAAGCAACCUGAGUGAGAACAUUCAGUUUACCAUCCAAAACGUUAACCAUGUACAUGCAAACUACGCAGCCUCCUGUGUAUUUUGGGACUUUUCUCGGAAUGGUGGUGGAGGAGGCUGGAGCUCUGCAGGCUGCUUUGUUGUCAAUUCCACACAGGAAGACACAACCUGCAGCUGCAACCAUCUCACAUCCUUUGCAAUUCUGCUGGAUUUGUCCAGAGAGGGGAUAAUUGAUCAUCAUCAGGCGCAAAUUCUUACUUUCAUCACCUACAUCGGCUGUGGAAUCUCUGCCAUUUUCCUCGCUCUCACCUUACUGACAUAUCUUUUAUUUGAAAAACUGCUGCGGGAUAUUCCUGCCAAGAUCCUGGUCCAGCUCUGCCUAUCCCUCCUCCUCCUUAACCUGGUCUUCUUGCUGGACGGCUGGCUGGCGCUCUACCCAGGGGUUGGGCUGUGCAUUAGCACCGCCUUCUUCCUGCACUACUUCCUGCUGACAUCAUUUACCUGGGCGGGCCUCGAGGCCUUGCACAUGUACCUGAGCAUCGUCCGGGUGUUCACUCCCUACCUAAGCAGAUACAUGCUCAAGUUCUCGCUGAUAGGCUGGGGCCUUCCACUUCUCGUGGUGAUUGUUGUAAUAUCAGUGGACAAAAACAACUACGGUCUGGUCACGUAUGGAAAAUAUACAGAUGGCUCCUCAGACGACUUCUGUUGGCUGCGUAAUGACAUUGCCUUCUAUGUGGGCGUGGUGGCCUACUACCUCCUGAUCUUCGCCCUGUGUCUGCUGGUCUUCAUCGUGGUUAUGGUCCAGCUGUCCCGGAUCAAGAAGCAGAACCCCCAGAACCAGCCUCCCAACAGGGGACUGAUGACAGAUCUGCGCAGCAUUGCAGGCCUCAUCAUCCUGCUUGGCCUCACUUGGGGGUUCUCCCUAUUUGCCUGGGGACCCCUCUACUUACCCUUUGUUUACCUUUUCACCAUAUUCAACUCUCUGCAAGGAUUCCUUGUAUUUGUUUUCCACUGUGCUGUGAAGGAGAAUGUCCGCAGACAGUGGAGAACUUAUCUUUGCUGUGGGAGUCUGCGAUUGGCUGAGAACUCAGAUUGGAGUCGGACGGCCACCCAGAACAACAGAAAUAUGUCAGUUACCAAAGCAGCCCCCUUAGCUCCCUCCUCAACAUCCCGAAGCUCCUCCGUCAUCAGCAGUGGCACCAAUAGCAGCGGCUCUGCGUUUUGGGACAGUGGAAUAUCUGACGGACCCAACAGCGACGCUCACCUCAACGAGAUUCACAGACAAAAUCUGUCACUGUAAGGCAAGGCCUGACAACUGUGACAAGCAUCCAUUUUGUGAUUACAAUAAUUAUCUGCUCUGAGAGAGCCGAGAGGACACGGCCAGAGAUUAGUGAUCUCCUGCCGCCCGAGUAAACAAAGAAAAUAAUCACAGGAGUGAACGCUCACGGAAAUCCUCAUUGUUGCACAACAUGAAGGUUUUAUACGUGUAAUGAAGGAUGGAAGGAGUGAGGCUGAAGUACCUUUAGCGAUGAGGAUUAUGAUUAUUAAAUGAAAGUGUGACUUGAUACAUUAACAUUAGAAUAUGUUAUCACAGAAAUAAUGUAGGCUUUGUUAGCAUAGGGAAGUGUACAUUAGGUGUGAGUUUCUGACUGAAAAA